UAAAAAUAGAACAAUUAAAACGGUUCACUAAUAAGUAAUUGGCCAUUAUUGACCUCCUAGUUAUUCCCUGAAAGAUGUGCCGUACGUCACGUGAUCAGGGAAGCCAAGCUUCAACAUAUAAAGAUAAUUCCAAAACUCUCCAUCCAGAUAAAUAUGGACAUAUAUGGAUACCGCAAGGGUAUGAUAUAUUAUUUGACAAAAAUGGCAACAAACAGCAGGUCCAACUGUGAAUCGUGACCGCAUGGUUGUUUCACACAAGCUAUGGAGAGCUGAUCAAUGAAAUACUGGCGGUCGCGAGCAAAUCUUUCGAGCGCGCGGUUUUAAAGAUGCUUGUCAAGACAUCAGGAAACCGAAAACAAAAUUUGCAUUAAUACGUUGAAUAUUUCUUCAACUACGAGUAACCCUGACUUUCUUGUAUGAUUUAAAUUGGCAAAAACUCCUAAAGGUAAACUUACGUACUGCACGUUCGGCCAUGGCAAAAAACGGAAACGACAGGACAACGCCGUUGAGAGCAACAAUUAUUAUUAGCACUUCGUUGCAGAACCACGAUGCUGCGCGAAUGUUACAAGCACAACAACAUCGGAUUCGAUACUCAGACUUUGUCGAAUCCGGAACCUUCAUUUUCCCCCAGUCAGGUAUAGCAUUUAUGCUUGUUGCUGCACAAGAAUUCCCUGAGAAUCCAGAGGAAGCAGGUCUCUUUGAAAGGAUUAAGACGUUUCUACAGAUUCACAGAAAUAGCUUUAUUCUGUUGCUAGCCUCACUCCAUAGGAAGAAAGAGUGGGAGAUACUUUCCACAGUUCAGCAAAGGUUUUUUGGCGGCAACCUCCGGAUCCUUCCAGUGCAUAAUAUUGCUGAGAUGGUAAAGGGCAUGCUUACCAUUGCCAAGGCUACCAGCAAGCCCCAUGUGGUGACCGUGCGGGAUCGGAUGUCCUUGGCGCGGGCCCACGUCAUCGAGCGCAGCCCUGUGUGGGAGAUGCUGCGAGAUAUACGGUGCAGUGGGAGGUUCGAGCUCCCUGGCGAGAGGCCAGCAGAGAGGCUUCAGGCCUUCUUAAACGCCAACGCCUGCCCGACUGCGGGAGCCACUUGGGGUAAGCGCUUCAAUGGAUCCACACCUCCUGCGCCAGAGCAGCUAUCGCCACAGGCCACUUGCCCCGUGUCCCUUUUGUAAAUCGCCAUUUUGAUGGCAGUUAACCUGUGUCUGGUUGUUCUCGAUCAAUACUUACAGAGCAGGGGCCUUAAUUGACACGGAUAACCACCUCCUGCUUCCCAGGGAUGUAGGCAGGGAGAGACACCUUCUGUCUGGCACUGAUCAAUAUCGGCUGUGUUUCGGGCCGGGGCUCUGAGGUGCUGCUGAUGGAGCUUCCAACUGGUGUAGGCCUGGGUUUCCCCCAGCAAUGAAGAGCUGGGGAUGUUGCAUGCGAGCUGCCUGUCAAAGUGAUUUCAUCAGCCGUCUCUUACAAGCUCUCGCCGCUGUAGCUGUGACACGAACGCAGGGGGGUGGGGGUGGCACACUGUGUUUUGGGUUCCGGUGUCUUGUUUGAAGUGAUGCAGCCUUUUAGCCAUUUCUUUUAUCUGCUGAAGUGCUUGCUUGAGUGCUCAAAUUCCUGUUUCACCUGCCAAAGAUGUCUCCCCUCAAGCCCAUGUCACCUCAAGCCCAUGGAAUAUCUUUACUCUCAUGUAAGCCUGACAGUGUUUAUUUUAACUUCUAAUGAAUGCCAAUAUUUUCUUGGUAUAGGGAUUUACUGAAGAACUAAAAUAGAAUCAAUUGUAAUUGCAUGUUGGUAGAGAUAUGUUUAAACUGAAUCCUUAAUCUGUGAUGUAUAUUUUGUGCACAAAUAUGCAAUAAUAGAGGAAAUCCAAAUAGGCAUUCAACACACAGCUGUUUCUGUAAAAUGGUAAAACAUACAGUAUAUGCAUGUAAAUACCAUGAAACUGUACUUUUAUCUCACAUUCAUCUUUUGAUCUAAAUCCAAAUACCUGAUUUACAUAGCAAAAAUAACUUAUUUUUCCAUACUUUUGGAGGGCUCUGUAUGUAACAUAAAUAGUAACAGUUUGCUAUCAAGCAGGGAUAUAAUAUGUUAUAGACUUUUGUCUUAUAGUUUGUCACAGGAAUGAUUUACAUGACAUUAUGACGGCUGUUAUAAGCAUAAUAUGUGUUUCUUUACAUUUACAAAUAUUUUGUGUCACAUGUUUUAUUACAUAAUUUAAUUUGGUAACCAAGAAAUAUUUUUUCACAAUGCCUAUCGCAGUCACCAGGCUUGAAUAAAAUUAAUAUGAAAGUUUUAUCAUGUAGGAUCAGGGAUGGAAAUAUAUUUAGUUUUAAAUGUUUUUUUAAUCAUGUUAGACAUUACAUUCAGUAGGAAGACUGCAUCAUAACACAUUGCAUAACAGUAUGUCAGUAUGUCAGAAUGUCUGCCUCAUGCUUAUCCUAAGUAACAGACAAUGCUUUUGCAAUACAUCUUCACUGUUAAGCAACAACCAUACAAUGUUACAUUGUGAUAAUGUACUUUGUUAUCUGUGAUGCAAGCUGGGAUGCAACUAUGUGGCUGGAACCUGGUCUUCCCAUUAUCAUGAAUGUUUUAAACCCAGCCAGCAGUUUGAAAGGGCUACAUUGAAUAACCACAAAAGAUAUCAACCCAGAGUGACUUCCUCCCAUCACUGUCUUAAAGAGGAAGAACACCCUUUUUCCUUGUUUGCCCGAUGAAGUACACCAAUGCAAUACCAAUAUAGGUGGUGUGAUUCUGGUAUUAAAAAUCAUAUCCAUGUGUUGCAUGAUGAAAUAUAGUGUUAUGUAGGGGUAGGGAUUUAUAUAUAAUAUAGGGGUUUUUUUAUACUUAUAUAAAAAGAACCAGUCUUCACAGCAGGGGUGUCAAACUGAUUCCCAAGGAUGUGGCAGUGUCUGUGGGUUCUUGUGGUUUUCUUUCAAACAACUGCCAAUUAAGGCCAUGAGAACAAGGUUUGUGGCUUCUAGGGAGAUGCCACUAUUUGUAUAUGUCUCUGUACUUGUUCAACCAACAAAAUUAUUUGUAUUCAUAAAAACCAGAAGUGGGCGUAGUGUAAAACCAGAAAUUGGUGGAAGCUGUAUACAAUGCCAAAAAAAAACAAUUCUCUCAGGGAUGACUAAUUUGUUAUCAAUCCUUUGUUCUUAAAAAAUACUUUGUUCUUAAAAGCACCCCUGAGAGGACCAAAUACAAUAACCACAAUAGCAACCACAACAGCUGAAUUAACGCUCUUCCCAUAAUCUCUCAUUGUGAACUGAAAUCUGGUAAACUGUUAAGGCCCAUCAGGCAACGCACAUUUCAGUGGCUUUCAGGAUUUUGUGAAUCUCAUUUCAGGGUUUUUUUUUUUGUUUUUUUUUUUACCUGCACCCCACAGGCCCAGUCGGGUCAGGGGUGGACCUCUGGGGUGAGCGAUGCACUUUCAGGAAUGGAACCCCCCCCACCCCCCGCCCCAAACCCCGCAGGGUCCAGCGGGUUUUGGCUCACACCACAGCGCUUUGAUCCUACUGCAGUCUGACACAUGGCCAUACUGUGGCCGUCCCAGCUGCGCGAGCGGCCAUUAGCACAGGCUUCAGCGAGCGCAACAUCUCUUUCUCUCAGCCCCCGCGAUGCCCCCGCGCAGCUCAAAUCAUUCAUUAAAUCAGAACACAAAAAGUAACUUUACUUGAAUGCCUCGGCAUGAAUUUUUUAUCAUUGCCGCAAAUAAAUCUUUUGUCAUUUCGCCCCCCCCCCCCUCUCCUCUCCGUCCAAUUUGGAUACGGCUGCACGCUCGGCUGGAUAAUUGGUGAAAUAGAUCUUAUGAAUUUUUCAGAAAGAUUCAUAGCUGCUAUAUAGCUGCUAUCAGGCCGGAGCCUAAGUGGGAGACUGUAUCACAGCUCAUCAUUGUCGUGCUUUCUCAAAAUCGCGCCAUUUACAGAGACAAGAUUUUAGAUUUGGGAAAAGGAUGUUGGAGGUCGGUGCAGUAUUAAACAGGUCAUUCUGAUUACAGACCUGAUGCCUGAUUCACAUUUAUGAUAAAACCAAAAUUGGGUCCUGAACUCUGACACCAUUUCAUUUUAUAGCCCUGUUAGUGUUUCGGUAUUUCUUGCUGAUAAUACAUUGAUGAGGGUAUAGAUGUUAUUAGCAACAGCAGAUGUAUGAUUAACAAGUCCAGGCACUCUUACAUAGAAGAUUUUAAAGGUUCACAUCCUGUCUCGUGAAUGUUUUAUGCAUUGCUUGUCAUAGCUCAUCAUUCUUGAAAGAAUCCUUUGUUAUUGGACCUUUUAACAAAGUAAAUCCUUUUAGCGCUGUAUUUAAGAUUCAUGAUCUUUACAAGGAAGGGGGAAUGUAGGCAAUCUGACGUAAAGAGAUGUUUUGACUGUUGACAGGGUAAAAGGAUUUUUUUCUCUCAGUGUUCUACAAUGUCGCUAUUUCUGUCUCACAUUCUCAAACGGAUCACAUCGCAAUUACAAACAGCGCAGGUAGACUGUAUGACAGUAUCGGGCAUAUAAUUUUAGGCUGUGUAUUUCUUAAAUGCGUGAGAUGCUCAUGUUCCUCAGCGGGCAGCUAGGGAGGCUGAGAGAGCCGUCCGGCAAGCCCUCUUUUCCAAGUGACGGCCCGCAUCCAAACAGCGAAGUGAUAUGCGAUGCUAAAUGAAGCGGGUAAACAUGUCUUUAAAUCAGCAGGCGGCCUCACACAGUCCCUCGUCCGUUAAGCUCGUGGGCUUUCAGCCGGGCGCGUGCUGCCUGUGCCCGUAUACCCUCGACGCGGGGCUAAUGGAAAGCUUUCAAGGCGUGCCUGAGGAGAACGCCGGCUUUCGUCUGGCCUCUCCGUGCAGGCUGGUGCCACCGGCUUGCGGUCACGUCCUCCGGGCGAAGCUCGCUUGCAAAUAGCUCCCCCCUCGUCUCCAAAACGCCAGUCAGUCCCUUUGGAGUGUUAGUGGAAGCGUGUGGGGCACCCGGGGACCUGCCAUGUUAAACAGGCCUGAAAACAACACGGGGCUCGGAACAAAAGCGCAUGGCGCGUGCGACAGUAAAGACGAACUGGCUGGGCUGAGUAAGGAUGUCCCCAAGGGGAUGCGGCUGGCGUGGGGCAGGGCAGUGAAGGGGUACAUAUUGGACCUAACAUGUCACGUCACUUUAGGAGGAAGUGUAGGAGAGUGUAUAUUGACUGCUGCUUGUGGUGAAGAAGAAGAAGGACAUUUUCUUAAAAAGAGCUGAACUGUUGAUACAAUCUAACCAAGUAUCUCAUUUAUUUCUGGUAUUUUCACUUACUUACCUUUAAGUUCUUGUAAUGGCUUCAAUACUCAUGUGCUUGUGGGCUUAUUUUGGGGGUAUGUUCAACAAUUAUUGUUCAAGCAGGAGUUUCAAGCAAGGUUUAACAUGGUACAAAUGAUUUAUGAAUCUGCUGUCUUUGCUCAAUCCUGCUCAAAUUUUCUGUUUCUUUUUUUUUCUCACACUUUUCCUUAUAUAUGGUUAAAUCAAGUUAGCAUCCAUACAUCCAAUAUGAUUUAAAAUGAGAUUCAUAUAUAUUGGUCUACUUUUGUGUUUCAAUUCCAGUUCACAAGGUAAAGGUUGAUGAAAUAAUAUACAUCAUUCACACUGCAGUGUGUGUUGCAAUCACAUUUAUUAAUAAUACAUGAAUUGAUGGCAUUCUGAUUUAAAUGGUAUUUAGUGAUUGUAUAUUUUGUGCUCUAAUAAAUUCAUGUACUGAAUGAGUAUCACAUAAAAUUGUCCAAUAUAUGUUUAAGGAGGUGUUCAGAGAAAUAUGGGAUUUUAUUCAACUGGAACAGGUGAGAUUAAUUUGGUUUGUCACACAAAUGUAUUAUUUACACUGUAGGUAGUCAGCUUGACAUGAGAUAUUGCUAGUUAUGAGUCGUUUGUUUUGUUCAUCUUUAUCAUAUAAAAAUCGUUAUUGUUGCGUCAGGUUUGAAGUGAAAGCUGGCCACUGCUCAUGAUUGGGGUGCAUGUGGCUUUCUCAGCUGGGUGAGUGGCAGACGGAUUCUGGAUAAACUCAGACAUGUGCUCCAUUGAACCAGUCGAGGAACAGGACUGAGGAAAUCUGCUGGCUGAGCUUUUCCUAUUGGUCCACCCACUGUGCAAACUCAUUAGCCAUGGAAGAUUUAUUACUGGCCCAGCAUAAACAUUUGUUUUCUUCUUCUUUGGUGUCUAGCCCCUGGGAUUCCCUGCUUUAGUGAUAACCUCAUUUCAACGAGAGCUGCAUUUUCCCACAUUAAAAUCAAAUAUUGCUGGUAUUUAGAUUCAGAACAUUGAAUAAACGAGACGUGGCAGUUCGAUGAAUUACAACAGGUUGGCAGCAAGCUCUGUUUUUGGUAACUGAUGUAAUGAAUCAGGCAAGGGCAGAUGACAUCUCCAACACUUAUGUGGAGGGUGCACCUUGAAUCUGAUUAUAUCAACAGAAUUAUCAUUGUAAUGUAUUUCUUGGUACUAUAUUACAUACGUGUUUACAGGGUAUUAUAAACUGUAUGUUGUUUUUUUAACCAAGGUCAAUUAUUUAGAUGCCCUGUCUCUGUCAUCUCUUGGCCAUUUUCCUGUACAGAAGAACAUUCAGUCCCCCGUUUCAAUGCUCAGAAAGCUGCUAACCCUUGUCUAUUCACUGAGAUUGCAAACCAGGUCUUUCACAGAUGACAACUGCUGCAAGGAGACAAUAAGCCUCUGUGUUCGUGGCCAUGACAGAUGAACAGCCAGUAACAAGGGAGGUCAGAGACAACAAACAGGAAGCUCUCAGUCGCAAGAACCAACGGAAGCAUGGCUGCCAGUGGAAAGCCUGUUUGCCGUGCGGCAGACCAUGUCCUUUCAAGUCUGCCAUGGCGCUGUUUGGACGGCGGCAGGUGGCAGGUGUGGCUCCUGAAUUUAUGGAGCAGCGGCUCCUGCGUCAUGCAGGUUUCCAUGCCUCCUCUGCCCAUGGCAAUGAAGACUCUCUCUUAUCUGCGGCCGGAUGAUUACAAGUUACCCUGCACUGGGCAAAGCCUGGACGUCUGCACAGGCUGCUUUCAUCAAAGCUCCAGUGCUAUCUUCAAUGAUCUGAACAAAUGUUACUCAAAGCUCAUAGUAUCUUUAUGUGAGACUUAACUUUACUCAGGUAUUCUGUGAGAAAACAUAGUUCACUGCUGAAUUCCUCCAAAUAAUGUUGUCAUUAUUAUUGAGAUUCCAGCCAUUUUUUGUCUUUCACUGUUAUAAGGACAAUGACUGCACAGGAUGAGCCUUCCAAUGUGUACAUAUAAAUGUAAUAUCUUGUGUGCCCACUCAUAGCAUU